AUGGGGUUGGUGGACACAUUGGGGACAGUACAAAUUAUCAUUUCGAGUAAGUGAACUAAAGUCGUACCCACUCGUACGUAAGAAUACAAUACCCAAUAGAGUAACACAAUAGAAUAUUUAACAAUUACUCACAGAAGGUGUGUUGAUUAUCGCGGAAUAUUCGCCGAGACGAAGUCAAUGUGAAUAUUCCCCAAUAAUCACCGAGCCUGAGGCGAAUAAUUGUUUUAGUUUUUUUGGGACUGAAUUUAUUUUAAUUUCGCUAGUUUCUUUAUGAGUAACUUCCACAAAACAGCUAGCCGCCAUUUUUCAAAUUUCGGUUUUGUUAUAUUCACCUGUAGGUGAAUAUAAGUCAACAGCUUAAUACGUCAAAUUUGACCAAUCAACUUGCUGGAUUUGUUAUAUUCGCUUGUGCAAAAAUACUAAAAUUGAAUAGUAGUAAUACAAUAGAACAUAUAGAAUAUAGUACAACGCAAUCGACAUUAAACACAAGCAACUCAAUACAACACAAGUGCAACAACUCAAUACAACACAACAUGUAAUUGACUUUUGAUUGAUUAAGGUUCUUAAUUGUCCUGGAAAUUGAUUUCAAUUGAUAUAUUACAGUACCAUCCCAAAAUUAAGGUACACCAUAUGUAUCUCACAAGAACAGAAUUUAAUUUAUUUCUUCUUGCAACAACUCUGCAGUUCUAGAGGCAGUGGUGAUCGGCCGACAUUCAAGUAUCGUUUGGGAAGCUCAAGUAAGAAACGAUCGCUGAUUGGCAAACUAUAUUUGGCUCAAGAAGACUACCCAGAAUCCCUCAGUGAUGAAAAUCCACCCGAAGUAUUCCCAGCACCACCUGCGGUCACAAUCGCACCCUCCAAGUACAAGGCGAAUAUCAAACAAGAGAAGGUUCUGGGUUAA